AUGUCUUUUCCAACUGUGAUGCCUCGUGGGGCUGUGUUAACUGGUGUAGCUGCUGCUUGUGCUUUAUUUAGCUAUAUUGCUUAUUUUGAUUAUCAAAGAAGAACAGAUCCUGAAUUUAGAAAACAAUUGAAAAGAAGAUCUAAGAAGCACCAAAAGGAUAUCAAAGCCAAGACUGAUGCUUUUAAAAGAGCUAAGCAAGAUGAAAUUGUAAGAUUUUUAACUAAUGAAUUGGUUAAAGAUCCUCCAAGCAAUAUUAGUUCAGAAAAUGUGCAAGCUAUGUUUAUGAAGUAUGUUGGUGAGGGAGAAAGUUUGGCAAAUAUACCAGGUGAAGAAUUAAAUUCAGCAGUUAAAUUUUAUAAAGCACUAACUAUAUACCCAAGACCUGGUGAUUUGUUGAAUAUUUACGAAAGAACUAUUCCAGCACAAAUAUAUAAAGAUUUAGUAUUGAUGCUAGAACAAUUACCUCCACAAAAUAUGACAUCCUUUUUCAAAAAUGGUAAAUUGGUUCGUGAACCUAAACCUGAGGACAUAGACGAUAUUGAAUAA